GUAAUAGCGCCGAAAGUACUCGCCAAGCGCCCAUCGUUUUGUUGGAGCGGCCGAGGGGCCGAGGCACGCCAUGCUUGCAUCGACUCGCGAGACGGAGAUCGGUCGCGAACGCCCUAUCGCAGCCCGUUAACUGUAGUAUAGUUGCCUAAUUGCGUUCACAUACGGAUGAUCUUACGGGGUUCUAGCGCGCGUCAGUGCGCUUCGGGCGCCCGGCGCUCCGUCGCGCCUGGUGCGCGAAGCCUUCACGCCUUCCACAUCAAACAUAGACCUUCACAUGCAGAAGUCCGCAGCGUGUCAGCGAGCGCAGCGACGUGCGACGUGUUGGCUUUUAGCCUUGACUCGGUGGCGGACCUGGCGCCCCUCAUUGUCCGUGCGGCUUACGACGCUGCGGGCACGCUGUGGCCGGAGCGAGUGGUCGGGCCGGUGGCGCUGUACGUGGAGAAGGCCCGCCCCAUCCUGCCGGUGCUGGCCGAGCCGCACCAGGCUGUGGUGCUGGUGCGCCUGCUGGCGGACGAGGGAGUCAUUGGCGCCCGCAGCACUGCGGGCAGGGAGGGCCCGGUGGUGGGCCGCGCGGUGCGGCACAGCGGCAGCCGGCCGCUGCUGGUCGCGGAGAUCGCGGAGCACUGGCCUGUGGUUAUGGACUCGUGCCUGCUGCGCUGGUCUUUGGAGGAGGAGCAGGCGCAGCUGCAAGCGCAGCAAGCGCAACAACAGCAACAACAAGCGGGCGGACAACACGGCACAACAGCCCAGGCGCCGCAACCAAGCGGGUUCAGCGCCGUCGCGGCGCAGCAGCGCGGCGGGCGGGAUGAGCUGUUGGCACGGACACGUGGCGCCUUCGCGGCAGCGCAGACCGCACUCAUGGCGGAUGAGCAGGAGCUGCAGGCCUGCCUGGAGGCUGUACGGCCGCACGUGACGGCGGUGGAGGCGCUCAAGGGCUGCAGCCGCCCCGCCGCAAGCCCGCUGCUGCUCACGUCCACACUGCCGCCGGCGCUGGGCCUCCGCGUCAUGGAGCGCUGCGGCCUCAUCCCCAGCCCGCAGCAGCAGCAGCAGCAGCAGCAGCAGCAGCAACAGCCUCAGUCUUAUGCAGGCGGUCAAGAGCAGGCAGCAGCAGCAGGCUCCGCAAGCAGUAGCAGCAACAGCAGCAGCGGCGGCAGCUCCGGGACGGCGGCGGCGGCAGCGGAGCUGCAGCGCGUCUGGGCCGCGUCGGUGCAGCCGUCAUCGCCCGCGCUUAUCCCGGUGUUUGAGGAGAGCUGGUGCGAGGUGGUGGCGCGAGUGGUCCGUGAGGCGGCGGCGGCGCGCGGCGAGGCAGCGGACGCAUCAGCACGUGGCAGCACCGGUCCCGCGCGCGGCUCGGGUGGCGGUGGGCGUGUGCAGCUGGUCACAGGCAACCUGGCCAGGCUGGAGCAGCUGGUGGAGGAGGGCGCGUGGGAGCGGGCCGUGCGGCAGGCAGCCCCUUUGGCUGUGCCUGGGGCGAGACAGGCGGGGAAGGCAGCGCCGCUGGUAGGCGAGGAGGGCGGGCCAGGGACCAGGACAAGGCCAGGAGCAGAGUCGUCGGAUGGGGAGGCCGAGGCCCAGGUGGAGGUCGUGAUGGCGGCGGCGCAGAGCGCAGCGGUGUCAGCAGGCGCGCGUGCGCAGCUAGGCGGCAGUAGCAGCAGUAGCAGCAGUAGCAGCAGUAGCGGCAGUGGCAGGUCCAGAGCGGGAGGCGCAGAUGCGGCGUUUGCGCGAGCAGCCGGGAGGGCGGGGCACCCGCCGCUCGCCAGCGCGACAGCGCCUGGGCUUGGCGACCAGCCGCAAAAAUCUGCGCCGCUCCAGCCCAGCUCCGCCACCGUUUCUACGACCGCGCCUGGACAACAGCAGCAACAGCAGCAGUCGCAGCAGCAGCCUGGCAGCGGCGCUGAGCUGUGGCGUACGUUGCGCACGGUGCACUUGGCGGAGUGGAGCUGCAGCAGCAUGAGCUACCGCGCGCGCGCGCUCAGCCACUCGCCGCGCGCGGCACUGCUGGGCGAGCACCAGCUGGCGGCGCUGCUGGGGGUGGAGCACUUGGACGUGGUCAUGGACGGCGUGGCGUGGCGAUGAAGGGGCAGGGAGGGUGGGCGGUUGGACGUGCUGCAUGAAGAUGAUGGGGUGGGUGAUCGUGCAGGGUACCGGCAUGCCCGGGCCCGACGAGGAGGGCGAGGGCGCAAGGGUUGGGAGGGGCCAGUAGAUUAGGGCGAGCGUGAUCAGGUGAGGCGCAGCGGAAGUGGUGUUGGGUGGAGGGUGGAGAGGGUGGAAGAGGAGAGCACUGCGCGCGGCGUGGCGUGGCGGGAUGAGCUAGGGAAGGGAGGGGAGGGCACAGGCCGCGAAUGUAAGUGUGUGCAAUGGAACAGUGCGAGGGUUGUUGAGUAUGAUCUUGUAUGAUGUGCAUAGGGAAGUGAGAAAUUGUUCCAGGGGAUUCCCGUAUUGACGAGUGCAGGUUGAGAGGCGGCCAUGAAGAGACGCAAGGUGCGCGGCUUCAUACUUCCCUGUGUCAAUUCACUGGGUGUGGUGAUUUCGUCCAUUCAACUUGUAUGCAUGUUUAUGAUUUUGGGUUGACAAGCGACGGCCGCCGGCCACGGCGGGCCCUUGGGCGGGCCACGGCACGAUGCAUUGGUCUACAGCGAUAAGUCAGGCUACGGCGCCAGGCCAGACCCUGGUCCUUCCAGGAUGCCGCGACGCGCCGGUUAACAUGCCAAGCUAGGUAUCUGGAAACAUGCCCACAUGGCGAUUGCAGCUGUUGCGAUGUUCAAGGAUGGUGUGAUGCGGUCAACCGGGACCGAGAGCGUCAGGGAGUCAUGCCGGCGCCACAGCCGCAAUGUAAUAGUACCGUAUG